UCACAUGGGGCGUCUCCAUCAAUUACUCUCAAUCAAGAAUGACUCAAACGCCAAAGCAAAAUUUUGAAGAAGAAGAAGAAAAGAGGGAUAGUGUAGAAAACAUGAAAGGUCUAACAACACCUUUACAAUCAAAGUAUUGGCACCCAACAUCCCUAAACAACCUCAAAAACCCAGAAAGUUUCAAUCUUUACAGUCACCCAGUUCAAUUUAAUGGCAAAAACAACAACCCCAUAUCAAGAAAAGUGAAACCCAUCUCUUGUUUUGCUUCAGAGAACACAAAUCAACCAAUCUUGAAAGAAUCAAAGCCUCCAUUGGUUGUAGUUGGAUCAGCUAAUGCAGAUAUCUAUGUGGAGAUUGAUAGGUUACCAAAAGAAGGGGAAACAAUUUCAGCCAAAACAGGUCAAACAUUGGCUGGUGGAAAAGGGGCUAAUCAAGCUGUUUGUGGUGGAAAGCUUGAUUAUCCAACUUUUUUUGUUGGUCAAGUUGGUGAAGAUGCUCAUGGGAAAUUGAUUACUGAAGCUUUAGAGAGUGGUGGAGUUUGUGUGGAUCACCUUACUACUGUUUCUAAUGCUCCAACUGGAAAUGCUGUGGUGAUGCUUCAGUCUGAUGGGGAGAAUUCGAUUAUUAUUGUUGGUGGUGCAAACAUGUCUUGUUGGCCUGAUGAAUUGUCAUAUGAGGAUUUGGAGAUUGUGAGAAGUGCAGGGAUUGUGUUGCUCCAGAGGGAAAUUCCAGAUUUUGUUAACAUCCAAGUUGCAAAGGCUGCCAGGAAUGCAGGUGUUCCAGUUAUUCUAGAUGCAGGUGGAGCGGAUUCUCCAAUCCCUCUAGAACUUCUUCGUUGUGUUGAGAUUUUCAGCCCAAAUGAAACUGAGCUGGCUCGCAUAACAAAAAUGCCAACUGGAAAUUUCGAACAAAUCAGCAAUGCAGUGGAGCAGUGCUAUGACCUGGGAGUUAACCAGGUCCUUGUUAAGCUUGGGGCCAAUGGAUCUGCUCUUUUCACCAAAGGAGAGGAACCCUUGCGGCAACCCAUUAUUAAAGCUGCAAAAGUCAUUGAUACAACAGGAGCUGGUGACACUUUUACAGCUGCUUUUGCAGUGGCCCUAGUGGAGGGUAAAUCUAAAGAGGAAUGUUUGAGAUUUGCUGCUGCAGCAGCUUCUCUAUGUGUUCAAGUGAAGGGAGCCAUUCCAAGCAUGCCCGAGAAGAGAGCAGUGUUCAAUCUUCUUCAGUCAGCUUGAAGACUCGGAGUUUCCUUUAUCAUCUCCUUGUACAAAAAAGUAAGAGGAAGGUUCUCAGGUUGAUGAGUUGAAGUUCCGGACUCUUGAUUUUCAUAAAGAGGACUUCGGUGGAGCACUUGUUAACUUCGGGAAGUAGCGCUAAUCUGCAUAUUUUGCUUGUUGAAUUGGGGAUUCAAGAUACAGCUCUGAAAUACUUACUCUAGCUUUUUCUGAAGAACUUCUGGUGUAGCAUAGUUUUCGAUAAAUUGUUCUUUUCUUGUGCUUCUGUCAUCUCAGCUGAUAAAUAACUCCAGGAAGUUGGUUAGCAUAGCUAGUAUUUUCGUUAACGAUUAAUCGUUACUGAUUGUUGCUGAAAAGAUUGCCAGCUUUGAAAAACUUGAAUGAUAUAAGCCUCUUGUUUCUGACUGAUUUACUUAUAUUAGUUUUGCUAGUAUUCUUGUGCUU